AUGAACAUACCGCCAUGUCGUUUGGUUAUCUUAGCAGCCAUCGUUUCGUUCUGUGCCAAUUGGUCGUUUGCGUUCCAGGUAAUUCGGAAAAAAGUGGAAAAACUUGAUCAUUGAACACAAACAGUUUUUUUGAUGGGGAGCAAAGAACAAUCGAUGUACGAAUGUUUUCAGAUCACCUAUGUGAACACAUCUGUUGACACAUUCUACAAACUGGCCAGGACGGCGUACAAGGAAGUGAGACAAUGCUCCACAUGUCAAUUGCCAGAAACUCAAUGGCUUUCUCAGUGGAGUGUGGUCGUCAGCAUGUUUUAUCCCGGAACGAUUCUAGGAUUCCUCGCCGUGAGCACUUACCGAGCAGACUCUGACUUCUGACAACAUCUAAAUAUUGCAGGUACCCCUUAUGACAAAGUGGAUUGGAGUCAAACGGUCACAAGGCAUCAUGUGCAUCGCAGCUACCAUCGGAGUCGCCGUCCAUUUCCUUGCCCUAUCUUUCCUUUCCUUGGGUAAACAACAAAAGUUGUAAUUGCAUGUGUGUUUGUGUUGUUUUUUGCAGGAGAAAUCACUUACACAACAAUACUAUCAAUCGGGCGGCUGAUGAUUGGCCUGCAGGCUGGAAGUUCUCUGUGUUUGCUGCCUCUGUACAUAAUCGAGAUCAGUCCGCCAUAUUAUAGAUCCUUCCUGAACAACUUUCAGGUUGGAAUCUUGAACCGAACCAUUAGAAAAAUUAAUUUUAUUCAUUUCAGCAAGUAUCGCAGUCCUUUGCCACUCUUCUCGGACUUGUACUCGGAUCCGAGGAGAUCCUUCCAUUGGGAAACGCGAGAUUCGUGAUUAUGCAGAUAGUCGCAGUCGUUCCCAUCCUUUUUCUACUGUUUCUUCUCGUCAUCACACCUCAGACGCCGACUUAUUUAAGUCAAUUCCAUCCAGAGUGUAUACACGAAGGUUGGAAUGAUAGAUCUAUAACUGUUGACACAUUACUCAACUUAGUGCCUUUGCAGCCAUACAUUCUCAACUCUUUUACCACGGCACCGAGAGAUCGAACUCUUACAAACCGCUCAUAUCGAACUAUGAAAUGAUGGAAAGCAAUAACAAUUUGAAGUAUGCGAGCUAUGGGUAAACAGAGCAAUGCUAAAAGUGUAUGAUAUACUUAAAUUCCAGGAAAUCCUGGAAAGAUUCCUUCAAAGGUUUCCUGAUCGGAGCUGUUGUGGCUGCUUCGUACGCGUUCACCGGAGACGACUUGAUUGAUACAUUUUCUGCGAACAUGCUGAUUGUAUGUUUGCAUCCUGAUCUGGUCUGAUCAAAAUACCGUUUUUUUUUUCUGUUUCAGGGAGACUCCAACGGACUGAAACAGACUCACCAAUCCACCGACACGUUCACAGUUUUGGUCUCCGAUGCCUUGGGACUUGUUCUUUUUUCGGCUUCAAUUAUUGGCAUUUUUUUGGUAGGACUCUUGAAAAUUGACACGCAAUGAGAAUGUUCUAGGCGGAUCGCUACGGAAGACGUAAACUGGUACUUCUCGGGCUCUUUGGAACAUGCGUUGCAAACAUUGGCGCCGUGGUAUUUACAUCAAACAAGGUGGUUGUGUCACUCUGUUUUGCGGCCACCAAAACGUUCAUUGGAAUGGGAUGCGGUGGUCCUGCAUGGUUCUUGACUUCGGAACUUGUCGACCCCGACUACGCGUGGAUUUUCCAACCAAUGUCUACCGGAAUUCUGCUUUCUUCAACCAUGGUUUUAACAUUUUUCUAUUUGAGUGUGGAUGCCCUCAUCGGAAGUUACAGGUUUGCUUGUUAAUCUGAUUGCAAGAGAACUGACUAAUUUUCAUUGCAGCCUUCUGAUUAUGGCAGCCGGGCCCGCGUUGGUAGCUGCCAUUCUCAUCUACCUGUACCUGCCAGAGACGAAAGGGAGAUCGAGUGAAGAGGUGAGUGAAUGCCGUCAAGUGGCGUGUCUAGCAGGAAAUUUCCGUCUAGCCGUGACCUCCCGCCACGGAAAAUGAGAAAAUGACAUCUUCAAUAUGUAGUAUGCUUCAUUAGAAUACUCAUGAACAAACAGCGCAAGUUUAAUUUCAUUCAAUGUUUUCGAAGCGGGUCUAUUAUUCUUUGUUAUCAACAGCAGCCCAAAAUUGUAACAAAAAACGGCAUGGCCGCUAUCUGUCAAAACACGAAUGGGUUUAACUAUGUCUUCCGACACUCUAUUAGUCAUUAACUCGCGAUAAGCAUAAAAAUGUCAUUAGGGAGCGGAAAGAAAAAAGGAAACGAAUCUUGCCCCGUUUUUGCAUCUAGCAAGUUCAUCGAUAAAGCCACUUCCUCAAAUUUUGUUUCCUCCUUCACUUAUUCACUUUUUUCAGAUACAACACAUGCUGAAUUCGACAACUUUCAGCGGAAUUCGCUCUGCUAAGAACAGUUCAGCGGACAUGUACGGAACAUUUGACGACGGUGGAAUUUUCUAA